UUGCUGUUGCAUCCAGCAUACGUGAGCGGUCAUCGGUUGUCCGUGUAUUUAAGCACCAACCAGGAGGUGUCAACCACUGCCUUGUUACGGAAUGCGUUCGAUGCGGGCAAACUGUGUUACGUGCCAUGUUUCGAAAAAGGCAACCCUCAAAUGGAAAUGGUUCGCCUGGCGAGUAUGGAUGACUUUGAUGCACUUCCUACAACACUGUGGAACAUAAAGCAGCCGAAGGACUGGAUGAAACGAGGCCUGGACGUAAUUAUCACCCCCGGAAUUGCUUUCACCAAAAGCGGCAAACGCCUUGGUCAUGGCAAAGGUUACUACGACACGUACAUCAAGCGCUAUGUUGAGACAUUCAAAACAAAACCGCAGGUCAUCGGCCUUGCCUUGAAAGAGCAGAUCCUAGACGAUUUGCCUGCCGAUGAAAAUGACCAGCUUAUGGAUUUUGUUAUUUACUCCGACUGA